AUGGAAUUUUGGGGUGUUGAAGUUAAACCUAAUGAAACCCUUAAAAUCACAGUCGAGGAUUUCAAGCUCCUUCACAUCUCUCAGGUUGCAUUGGGAGAGGUGAAGAAUCGGAAAAAAGUCGAGAAUGUCCAAGUUCGUGUCAACUUCAAUGAUCAAAAGUUCGUUCUAGCAACUUUAUCUUCUGAACGUAUACCGCAACUUUUGUUCGAUUUGCUAUUUGAGAAAGAUGUGGAGCUUUCUCAUGGCUGGAAGGAUGGAAGCGUUUACUUCUGUGGAUACUUCGCAAGUAACCCAGACGAAUAUCCUUUGUUGAUGAUUAAUUUAAUCUUCGUUACUUGUUAA